CAGAUUCAUAUACAUACAUAUAAGUAAAUCAGAAGAAAGAGAAAAUAUAGACAGUGAUUUCCAAAUUGCAAUUGAGUAUUUGUUCGUGUGUUCGUCUAUAUUCAAAAUUGUAAUAAUGAUAAUUUCAAAAGAUCUUUUCAUUUUUGGCGAGCAUAUUUUUGGCACAAUUAUACCAGAAUCAUCGGGGAAUACAUCAGUACCAGCAGUUGCUACAACAACUACAACAGUUACUUCAAAUACAACAAUAACAACGCCAAAUAUAUCAAGCGGAGUGAGUCCAUUAACUUCGUCAAAUCACCAACACCAAUUUAAUCGCCACCAUCAGCAACAAAAUCAACAUCACUAUGAUAAAAAUCAUCAUCCAAACUAUAGUCAAGAUUGUAAUAAACUUACAGGCAAUAAAAUAAACUGUUUUCAGUCAAUUGAUGAUCAAAAUGAUGAGAUAUUUAGUCAUUUGAAUGUUGACAAAGCCACGAUGUCAGCAAUGGAUGAAUCGAAAGCCAAUAGGUCAACCGAUACAAUAAAAAUAACGAAAAACAAUGAAAAACUAAGAGAAGAAAUAGAGACGCGAAAUGGAAAAUUAAAACCACCCCAUACCAUACCUUCUUCGUCGCCAAUAGUGUCACACUCAUCAACCAAUUCUUCGGAAAUUUCUCCACUUCAUACUCAAACAAAUGCCAACAUAAAUUCAAAUUGUUUCAAAUCAAAUGCAUUUAACUCUUGUUUGCAUUCCAAACAUAAAGUCAUACAAUCUACUUCUUCGACUGAUGGAGUUUUGGACACGUUCCUGACCAAACAACAGUCACUGUUAAAUGAUCCAGCCUCAAUUGGUUCAGAUAGGAGUACAAUUAUCCAUGAUCAUCGCAACCAACACCAUUGUAGUAUGCUGAACAAAGUCACAUUGGCAAAGAAUUCAAGAAAUGAAUCGGCUGCGACGUUGGCAAUAUCGUUUUCAACAGAGGAGCCUCAACGUACCCUGCAAUUAUCAUUUCAAAAUGUAACUGUAUUACACAACGAACGAAAAAUACUCGAUGAUAUCAGCGGUAUCGUUAGCCCGGGUGAAGUUUUAGCAAUAAUGGGUCCAUCUGGUAGCGGAAAGACGACUUUACUGGAUUGCCUUAGUGGCCAGAGACGCAUCGACUGUGGAAGUAUUCAUGUAAAUCGGGAGAUGAUGUCCAAGAAAUGGCGUCGCAAGAUCUGUUAUGUUCUGCAGGAGGAAAUAUUCUUUUCGGGCCUUACUCUAAAGGAGACCGUCAUGUAUACAGCCCUAUUACGUUUGCCCGAAAAGGUGCCAAUUUCGGAAAAGACGAAACUUGUUGAUGAUAUUUUACAAUCGCUCGAAUUGACUUUUUGUCAGGACACUAAGUUUGGUGAUUAUAUGAACAGGGGGCUUUCGGGUGGCGAAAAGAAGAGAGCUAAUAUAGCAUGUGAGCUUUUAACCAAUCCAUUGUUAAUGUUAUUGGAUGAACCCACCUCAGGUUUGGACAGCCAUUCGGCCAUAUCACUCAUGAAAAUUUUAAAACGUUACGCUACUCAGGAGCAAAAAACCAUUGUGAUAACCGUUCACCAGCCAUCAUCGCAAAUGUUUCAUAUGUUUGAUAAGUUAUUGUUACUUUACAAUGGGACAACAGCUUAUUUUGGCGAGGUCAAUAACAUUUAUAGAUAUUUCGAAGAUAUCGGUGUCUCAAUAAAGCCCCAUUAUAAUCCAGCCGAGUUUGUACUCGAACAACUGAAAUCUAACCCAGAUAUUCGGGAAAAAUUAUUUGUGGCUUCAAAAGAAUCUCAUCGAAAUUUCCUAAAUAGGAAUUGUAUUAUACAAAGUGGUUUCAUAAAUGGACACAUGAAUACAACAACAACGAAUCAUCAUUCAAUCGCUCCCAUUGCUGUCAACAACAAACAUUCCUCACAACAUGAUGCUCUGAUCACCGAUAUACUCAGUAACUAUUACAAAGGCAUGCAUAAAAAUCAUAGUCAAAAUAUAAUUUUAGUAAAUGAUCACCGUGAUCAUCAUCAACAUCAUCAUCUUGAUGACCUUAAUGGCGUCGAGGAGGCAACUCAACAACUAUGGAAAGGCUGCGAUACGCAAUCUAACUUUAGUGCAGCGUCAAGCGAUUGCCGUAAUAGCAGAGAUUGGCUUGACUAUCCCACAAAGUUUUAUACACAAUUUCAUGUGCUGUCAAGUCGAAACUUUAAAGAGGCCAAAUCUCGCAUGCUUUCGAAACUUAAUUGGUUUCAAACUGUUGGUUUGGCACUGAUGGCCGGUGCAAUAUGGUUUAACAUUCCCCGAACCGAAGAAUAUUUACACGAUCUGCAGGGUUGGAUGUUUUUUUCUCAAACCUAUUGGAUGCUGUUUGCAUUAUUUGGCGCUCUUAAUUCCUUUCCAUCCGAACGUGAGGUCAUUAAUAAAGAACGGCGUUCUGGAUCCUAUAGAUUGUCGGCUUAUUAUCUUGCAAAAAUGUUUGGAGAAUUACCGCUAGUUGUGACAUUACCAACCGUUUAUCUAAUGAUAUCAUAUCCAAUGUUGGGCUGUGUUAGUUUAAAAUUAUUUUUCUUGAUGUUAAUAUUUUUGCUGCUGAAUACAAUGGUGGCUCAAAGUGUGGGAUUUUUCAUUGGCGCCUGCUGCAUGGAUAUGAAUGUUAGUAUAACACUUAGUGCUCUUUAUACACUUGCCACUCAAUUGUUUGGAGGUUAUUUGUCCACGCGUAUUCCAGAUUUUUUAAGCUGGAUACGUUACACUUCGAUGAUACACUACGCUUAUCAGAAUAUGCAAAUAUUGGAAUUUAGUGAAGGACCGCCAAUUGAAUGCAGUCAGCCCAGCAGUUAUGAGGUGUGCAAGAGCAAUAAUACAAAGUUCAUUCCAUAUGAGGAGAUUCUUAAAGCCCAAAAUUCAUCCUCUCCACUUUGGUUAAAUACUCUAGUACUGCUGAUGUUUUUUCUGGUAUUUAGAUGUUUCGGAUAUGCGGUAUUACGUUAUAUACGUUGUCCCAAAACGUGAUAAUUAAUAACACCAGAUACAUAAAUAUGAAGAAUAAAGAGAUUAAGGGAUAGUUCAACUAUCAUACUACAACAUGCCACAAAUAAAGCUGUUAGUUCCAAAGGUUUUUCAAAUCAUAUCGAUAAUACAUAGUCAUAAUAUUACUACAUAUACAUAUAUAUAUUUACAUAAAUUUACACUAUUUAGGCUAAUCUUCGUACAUAAAUUGUGAAUCCUAAAAAUAAAUGAGUGUGUAGAAAUAGUACAUAUUUAUAUCAUAAGAAAUGCAUGUUAAAUACUAUAUAAAAAGAAAUAAUAAUCAUCAAAUUUUAAUCAUUAUAUAGUGUAUUAUUAUUAUUUGUAUACAAACAUAUUCUAUGGGCGUAAAAAGUGAGUAAACACCAGUGAAUUAUAUUCUUUUUUAAGACAAAAAAAAAAACAUUAGGUAUAAACAGAAAACCUAAAAUUUUAAUCGAUGGAUAAAUUAAAUGAUGUUAAUUAUCUUAAAGAAAUCUAAUAAUUCGCAAGUGUUUACUCAAUUUUGAGGCUCAUUCAUGCAUAUACACAGAGUUAAUUUUUAAUGCUUUGAAUUUACAUCUAACAUUGUUUACUUUUCACGAAUUUUGAGAAGUGAGUGACGGAUUAGAGUGACACAUGGUGUAAAACUACAACGCUCAAUAAUUUGAGUUAUAACGGGUUAACACGUUUAUAUCAAAUGUCACAAUAAUCAUACUGGCACUCCUCGAAAUACAAAAAAAAAUACAUACUUUAGGGCAAUAACUAUUAACGCUAUUUUGGACCUAACAGCACGCGAUGGCCAACUUUACUUUGUUUACGAACACACUUCUUUGCGGGUAAUAUUGGAACAAAAACAAUUUCCGGACGGGAGAACUUAAAUCAAACGAAUUUUUGCCAUAUCUAGUCUAUCACACCAAAACAAAUACAAUGUUUCUUAAUAAUUUUUAGUAGGCUAUUCGACUAAUAGUGCAUUUACACCUACGCCAUAAACAUUUUACAAGUUGUUUAUGGUGAAAACUAGUUGGAGAAACUUGUUUAUCCAUACAAAACAAAAACAGGUUUGUAACUAGCUUUUGAGAUAAACUAGUUACAAACUAUGAGUUUUUGCUAAUGCAACUCUGUUUUUCAACAUUUUUCUGGCAGCACUGGUAACAUUUGACAUUUGCUCAAAAAUAUAAAAAACAGUUUUCUUUUAAAAAAUAGCCAAACUGUAAGAAAAAGCUUAAAAAAUUUAUUAAAAAGUGUUUUUUUUAUAAUAUGGACAACGAAAAUGAAAGGUAUGUUUAUAUGUACGUGCAGCAGCGUUUUUUCUUAACAACGUCCAUAUUUUUAUUAAUUUUUUUUUAUAUUGAAGUCAGCUGUUUUAUGACUUGUCAAAAAUAAACCACUUAACUGACUAAAAUGCAGAUGUAAACGGUAUAGUUUAUGAAAGUAGCUUAUGAUCAUAAACUAGUUUGAAAAUUACAAGUGUAAAUGCACUAUAAGCUGGUACCAUUUUUAAUCAAUUUGAUUUUAACAAGUUAUCGCCCUAAUGUACACGUAUAAUCCAAUGUCAUUUUAUUUUAAUGUAAAUAUUUUUAAUGUCGUUCUUAUUAUUAUUAUUUUUCAAAUACAUAUGUAUGUAGGUAUUUUAUUAUUAAUUUUUAAUUAUUCGUACCAACAUUCACAUUUAAACAUUAUACAGGCUUAUACAUACAUAUCUUUAUAAAUUACAAUAAAUGAAUUAUUUUUUACAAA